AUGCACCGAAUCGUCAAGGUCAACGUCGGGGGCCGUUACUUCCAGACGCGGCUCUCCACGCUGCUCCGCUUCCCCGACACAGCGUUUGCCAAGAUGUUCGCGGGACUGGCAUCGGCGAGCGCCUUACCGUCCACUCCAUCGCCGCCGCCGCAGCCCACAGAGAGCGAGGAUGUGUUUGUGGAUGCUAACCCCGACGUCUUUGAGAAGGUUCUGGGGUUUCUGCGCACCAACCGCAUCCAGCUGCCUUUGAAUGACGAGGGUCUGCGUGCGGAGCUCGUCCACCAUCUCAAUUCCUGGGACCUCAUGCCGCAUGCCUUCCCUGCGUCUGCUGCAGACGGUGCCGUGGAAGGGGAGGAGGCUCAUCUCAUCGAACUCCCCGACGUGUGCGUGGUGCAGCUGUGCGACCACAUGCAGCACGACCAAGGUGUGAAGCGCCACGCCAUGACUAUCACCUACGGCGCCGACGGCUUUCAGCUCCGAAAACUCACGCAGAUGAUCCGCCGAGACCUGAAUCAGCAGCUCUCUUCCACUUACUGGCAGUGCUACCAAACCAACGAGCGGGCGGCCUUCUUUGCGACCACCAAGGUGGCCAACGGCGCCGCGGACAUCCUCACCACCUCCAUCACGCAGCAAGUUGUCCAGCACACGGAGAGACUCGGCUACCACUUGGCCACCUCAUAUGUGACUCUGAGCCCCGAUGUUGUGCACACGAGCGUGCGCAUGCUCAUCCACAACUUUAUCUUUCGACGGGUGCGACUCCCUGCCUUGGAGCCUGCAGAUGAAGCGUCGCUGCUGGGCGAUGAGGGGGAGGAGGUGGAGACGUACCAGAACUUUGAGUCGCGCCCUGUGGGCCCGCAAAAGGUGCAGUGGGCAGACUCGCCAUCGAGGCCGCCGGCACAGGACAUCUCCACUGACCUUUGGAAGUAA